UCCCAGGAUGCAGCGCAUUACAGGUCCCUGUUGCGUGGCGCUCGGGCUUUGUGGCGGGGUGACGCAGGCGGCGGUUGGAGCUGUGCGUGACGCGCUGACGUGCGGGGUUGGCUGGUAACCGGCAGGUCGGGGCCCUGUCUUUUUGUUGAGCAACUCCUGGGCCGCCAAUUGUCGGCUGACUUUGUCCGAGUGCUGGAGUUUGGCGGGGGGCGGGUGGCUGCGUUCCCCCGAGUGUUUACUAACGUGGGGGGCUGGAAAGCGAGGCCGCUGCCCGAGCGACAGGAUGCUGAACAUGUGGAAGAUGCGCGAACUGGUGGACAAGGCCACAAAUGUGGUUAUGAAUUAUUCAGAGAUUGAGUCUAAGGUUCGAGAAGCAACCAAUGAUGAUCCAUGGGGACCUUCAGGGCAGCUAAUGGCAGAGAUCGCCAAGUCUACAUUUAUGUACGAACAGUUUCCUGAAGUUAUGAACAUGCUUUGGAGUCGUAUGCUAAAAGACAAUAAAAAGAACUGGAGGCGGGUCUAUAAGUCCUUGCUACUUUUGGCUUAUCUCAUAAGGAAUGGGUCAGAACGAGUAGUUACCAGCUCCCGAGAACACAUUUACGAUUUGCGUUCGAUGGAAAACUACCACUUCGUAGAUGAAAAUGGCAAGGACCAAGGAAUAAAUGUGCGACAGAAGGUGAAAGAAAUGGUCGAAUUUGUACAGGAUGAUGACCGUCUGCGAGAAGAGCGGAAAAAAGCCAAGAGGAACAAAGACAAAUACAUUGGUGUCUCUUCAGACAGUUUGGGAGGCUUUAGAUACAGUGACAGGUAUGAUUCAGAGCCAAAAUCCAAGUGGGACGAUGACUGGGACAAAGGCAACAAAGGUGUUUUUCCAUUCAGUGAAAAGUUAGGCGAGAUAAGCGAUAAGAUUGGGACCACAAUUGAUGAUACGAUCAACAAGUUCAGAAAGAAGGACAAAGAUGACUCACCAGAAAGUGAUAGUGAGGAGGAGAGAAGGUCCAGAAACAAUGGCAAGAUUGGGAAAUCUGAAUACAAGGAUAACGAAGAGACGGUGACGACCAAGUCAAUCCACAUCACCCAAGCAACAGAGACCACGACCACCCGGCAUAAACGUUCAGGGGUGCCUUCCAAAACUGUUGACCUUGGCGCUGCAGCCCAUUACACGGGAGACAGUCCCAGUCCAGAAGUAAACUCUGCUGCAAAGGUUUCAGCACCAAGCACAGUUAACAGCAAGUCAACAAAUAACCUGGUGGACCUACUGUUUGACACAGGAUUUGAAUCUAACCAGAUUCCCUCCACAGGUGGGAAAGGAGAACAAUUUGAGGGGUUUGCAGACUUUGCCUCAACAAGUACAACACCGAGUAACUUCCCUUUGACACCAGGCACAUCGUCUAGUAGCAGUGCUGAUUUUGGUGAAUGGAGUGCCUUCAACCAAGCCCAGUCCAAUCAGGCCAGUAUGUCAAGUGGGGACCUUUACAACAACAUGCAGCAUGCUGUUGUCCAACCUCCUGCAGCAACCAUGGAGUUGUUUGAUCUGAAUGCUGGUAUGCAGUCGACCAUGACCUCAUCUCAGAGUAUGAACUUUGCUAUGUCAGCUCCCAACACCUUAGCUAUGACUGGUACCAGUAUGUCCAUAUCCAGAUCCCAGCCUUUGCAGAUGUUACCCACGCCUUUGUCAAGGCCUAAUGCAAUCCCCACACAGAAUAUGCAGGAGAACCAGAAAGCAGUCAAGCCAUCUUUGCCUUCCACCUGGUCAGAUCCAAGUGUUAACAUCAGUCUGGACUUUCUCACACCUGGCAUGCAACCUCCCAAACCCCAGCAACCAUCACUAAACACCAUGAUGCAGCAGCAAGGUGCACAGCAACCUGUGAACCUUAUGGCCCAGAGCUUUUCCUCCAUAUCCAUUAACUCACCAACCAGUGUGAUGCCUCCACGACCUCCAGGAACAUCUUUGAUGGCUAACAAUGUGCCUAUGGGCAUGGGGAUGCAAAACAUGAUGGGGACUGGUGCUGUAGGGAUGAAUCCUAUGGGUAUUCCUCAGAGCAGUAUGAUGAACCAAGGAAUGAUGGGAAUGAACAUGGGAAUGGCUCCAGCUGGCAUGGCCAUGACGGGUUCCAUGGGCAUGGGUGUUCCUGCCAUGGGUCUCAAUGCCAGUAUGACGCCUGCAAUGGUGCAAUCCAAGCAAGAUGCCUUUGCCAAUUUUGCCAACUUUAGCAAAUGAGAAGGCUGGAAAGACUCCAUUAUCUAGAUGAAGGUGUGAAGGCUGCACAAAAUAGUACUUGAAACACAUGAAGAUAGGCUGUCUUAAAUUUUUAUAGUUGCAAAGAACAAGUUUUGUGAAGAAUAUGGCAUAUUUUGUAUUGGGAGAAAUCUAGUAGUUGGCAAGAUCUGUGCUAUGAAAUGUGUAUGUCUGUUCCUAACAGAGGUUCUUGAAGUAAAGUCCCUUUCAUUGGCAUCUUGUUUGCGAGAUACACCUUGAAAGCCUUUUUAAAUCUUGUUGAAUUUUAACUUUAUUGAAAUCAAAGGCCAGGCAGGAUUACAUGGAUUAGGAAAAGCAGUUCAUAUCAAAAAAAUUUUGUACCUAUCUGAAUGGCCUUUGAGUCAGGUUCCCAAGAAAAUCAUUAAAUUCCAGACUAGAAUCAUUAAGUUUUGUUGUUCUUUACCUCUACCUGGACACAAUCAAUCUCCAGCAGCUCGAUAAUCAAUUGUGUAUAUAUCCUUUAUGUAACAAAUGAAUGCAAACCUAUUAAAAAGGUCUACCUAAGGUACCAAAAAUAAUAAACCUGAUUACUGGAAUGUAAAUAGUUUUGGUGAUAUGUUCCAGUCUUCAUAGAUGAAAUUAAAUCCUUUCUAUCAUGCAAAUGUCUUUAUUAAUAAUUAAUAAAUGGUGGUAGUUGCAGCUUUUAA